AUGGUGGUGGAUGACAGCUCCGUCGACCGUGAUGUCAUCACCGCUCUCCUCUGGCGGUCCAAGUGCACAGUCACCGUGGUGGAUAGUGGAAGGAGGGCACCGGAGAUAUUGGAUUUGGAGCCGAAUGUGAGCAUGAUCAUCACGGACUAUUGGAUGCCGGAGAUGACUGGCUACGACCUGCCCAGGAAGGUCAAGGAGUGGUCUGAGCUCAAGCAGAACCCCGUGGUGAUCAUGUCCUCCGAGAACGUACCCACAAGGAUCAGCAGGUGCUUGGAAGAAGGCGCGGAGGACUUCUAG